UGUCCAGCCGCUCCCAGCUGAUAGAACUGGACCUGACUGGAAACGUCCUGCCUGGCCCAGGAGUGAAGCUCCUAUGUGAUGGACUUGCAAGGCAAUACUGUAAACUGAAGACACUGAGACUGAGAGGCUGCAGGCUGUCAGAAAUCAGCUGUGAUAGUCUGGUUUCUGCUCUCAUGUCAAAUCCUUCUCAUUUGAAACAUCUGGACAUGGGUCUGAACAAUAAGCUGCAGGAUUCUGGCAUGAAACAGCUUUGUGCCUUUCUAGAAAAUUCAGAAAGUAGACUGAAGACACUCAGAUUGCUAGAAUGUAGCCUAACUGGAAUAGCCUGUGCUUAUUUGGCCUCUGCUCUGAAGUCCAACCCCUCCCAUCUGACAUAUCUGGACAUGAGUGGGAACAACCUUCAGGACUCAGGUGUGAAGCACCUGUGUGCUUUCAUGGAGACUCCUAACUGCAAACUGCAGAAACUGAGUCUGUGGGGCUGCAGGCUAUCAGGAACCAGCUGUGCUUCUAUAGUCUCGGCCCUAAACACCAACCCGUCUUUUCUGAAGCGUCUGGAUCUGAGAGACAACAACCUGCAGGAUUCAGAUGUGGAGCAGCUGCUGGAUCUGGUGGAGAGUCCACAAUUCAGACUGCAAAGGCUGAGAUGGAAAUGAUGAUCCUUUUACAGAUGAAGAGGAGGGGAUCUGAGGAGGUUAAACUGGACAGUCGACUGACAGGAAAGACUUAUUUAGUUUGUGUGUGAACCGGGUUUUUAUAUACUUGUGGGGACCUAUUUCUGUCUACAUUGUGGGGUUGUGAGGACCACGGCUUCUUGUGGGGACAAAUCCCAGUGAUGGAUAGGAUUAGGAAUAAACUGUAAAUGAAUGGAAGUCAAAGUCCCCACAAGACACAAAAACAUGACUGUGUGUGUGGCGGUAAUAGCUCUACUGCAUCUCUCACAAUGUGUCAUAGAUGCUGCCUGUUAAUAUAUUUCCAUUGUUCUGAUCCUGAUGUGUCAGAAAUGCUAACGCUGAAGGUAACGAAACGUUUAAGCUCCUCCAUGCAGGAACCUGACCGUGUUGAGUCCAUUAAAGUUAAAACCAAGUCCUUUAAACUCAAUUUUUAUAAUAUUUCAGAAGGAAAAACCUUCCAGUCCGUUUAAAUAAACUUAUUUAAUUAUUUCAUAA